UAGAAAGGGAGAGAGAGUGAAAAGAGAGAGAGAGAGAGAGAGAGAAAGAGAGAGAGAGAGAGAGAGAGAAAAGGGGGCUGAACACGGUGGCGAUAUCUCUCUCGAGUUGUUGAAGCAGGGGGCGAAGGACAUGACACGGACCGAUCGUCACCGACAACAUGCAACGCGGCCAUAAUUCGUAACGGAAACCGGGGGCGCCGGCCUCGGAGCUGUUUUAACACGUCCAGAGGAAAAACUGGACAGCUGACCGCGGUGCAGCGAUGUACGCCGCGGCGGGUGGUGCUAGCAUCGCCAAUCGGAGGAAGCAGAAGCGGCUGCAGCUGAACAAGCAGGGCGCCGCGACACCUGUGAUCAACGUCGUCCCGCCAAGACUGAAAGGUGCCCUCGGCUCGCGUCAACAGCAGUACCAUCACCACCAGCAUCAGCACCACCAGCACCAGCACCAGUUCCAUCAUCACCAUCACCACUACCAACAUCCGACCAAGCAUCAGAUCCGCUCGUAUCAGGACAUACCGCCGCGAGCGCAGCAGCAGCAGGCGCCUACGUCGACGUCGUCGUCGUCCGCCGCGUUCCACCCGGGCUCCGUCGACGACCGACGCCGUCAUCAUCAUCACGCCGACCAUCACAAGUCGUCCCAGCAGCAAGUCGCGCCGCUCUCGCCGAUCCAGUUCCCGAUCUCGCCGCCCCCGCUCUCCCUCGAGUCCUCGGUGUCCGUCACCACCUGCCCCAACAACAAGGCCAGCAACUUCCCCUUUCCGCCACCCUCGAUCCUUGAUCUCCGAGUCUCGCCUCCUACUUCGGAGCCACAGUGCGGUGGUCAGGGACCCGGCGGUAAAGCAGCAUGGCAAGGAUGCAACCGACCUUCGCUUCCUCUAUCCCCCGCAUCACCCGGAUAUCGCGGAGAUGGCUACAAGACGAAGCAAUGCGAAGCGCAUCGGCGUUGGAUGAAGAGGAACAGGAUACGGGACGCGAGUUAUUGCUACGGCAGCAGCGGCGAGGACGACGAGGAAGAUGACAGCAGCAACGCGAUACGGCGAAGAGGAGAGGUCAGCGCGGCGGUCAAUACUGUGCUGUACGCGGGCUUAGGGACCACGGCGCUCGGUUUAAUAAUCUCGUUCGUCGGCACCGGGGAGAAGGGCUUCCUCAGCCCGGAGCUGAGGCUGGUCGGCCCGUCGCUGCUCUGCGCCGGGCUGCUCUGCUGUCUGUUUCGCAUACUACUGUGCCUCUGCCUGUGCCGAUGCGGCCCGUGCCGCUGGCGAUUCUGUCAAGUAGCCACGCGCAAGAAGGAGAAGGCGAGGAAGGCCGAGGCACGGCCGACGGGAACGUUGUCGACCGCCUCGUUGUUGCCGCCGUCGCAGCAACAGCGGCACUAUCAACAGAAUCGGCAACCGGCCACGCCUACGAGCCGCUCCGUGUCACCGGCGACGAAGGGACACGAGCUCCUGCUCUCGCCCGCCCAAUUGCCGGAGUGAAGCGACACCCGUCACGAUCCGAACGAACGAACGUUUUUUACGAAAUGAAUUCUAUAAAACGCCGAUCUACUGCCGGUUCUCGCCCGACGCUCGAUCUAGUUUACCCAGUCGCGGCGGCCUGAACCGUUCUUUUUCUCUUGUCGCAGACUCACCGCAGCCUAAAACAAAGCGUAGCCUCUAAAUGCGUUUUUCUAGAGCUUAACAAUAGAGAAAUAAAGGAA